GUGGCAAUUUGCGCUGGCUGCAACAUUUUGCCAACUUGGGCAGCAUUUCUUGUCGGGAUCGGGUCUGCCAUAGUUUUUCUCACAAUCAAGAGAAUCAUGGAUCAAUCCGUUGUCGUUGAUGAUCCCCUGGAUGCGGUUGCUGUGCAUUUUGGCGGAGGAAUGCUGGCCUGGAAUGUCAUUGGAACAGCAACUAUUACAUUUUGGAGCCUUGGCACAACUGGACUGAUGUGCGCAGCACUCAAGUACACUAACGUACUCAGGGUUUCCAAACAGGAGGAACUCAAAGGAAUGGAUGAAAUGAAGCACCAAGAACCCGCUUAUCCAAUUGAGUCCUGGGUUGAGGAUCAAUACAAAAACCACGGUUUCAUCUUGCCACUAGGGGGCGCUCCAAAUACAGCUGGAACACUUGCCAUUGCAGUUUGGAGUUUUGUUCUGACUGGAUUGCUCUGUGGAAUCAUGAAGUACACUCACUUACUGAGGAUUGGUGAAGAAGAAGAAAUUAAAGGUCUGGAUGUUGCCAAGCAUGAGGAGCCUGCCUACCCAGUGGAGUCCUGGCUUGAGGACCAAUACAUCAAGCAUGAUUCCAUACUGCCACUAGGGGGCGCUUCAGUUUCUUCCCUAAAUGAAGCCAUACUUCCAGAGCUUGGUAAAAAUGGUGGUGGUGGUGGUGGGGGCAGCAAC